AUGGGACGAAAGCCCAACCCUCUAAUACUCGAGUACUUUGUCCGCGGGGCCAAGCUCAACGACAACAGCAACCGCUACCAGCACACCUGCAAACGAUGCGGCGAGAAUUUUCCCAAGGGUCGGAUUGACAGCCUGACGACGCACAUUACGAAAAAAUGCCCCGCCAUUUCCGACUCGGAUCGCAUGCGGGCCUGCUUGGAGCUUCAUGGCCUUACCAGUGCCCGCGCCGCCGCCGCCGAACGACUGAAUAAUGGAAGUGGCCCCAGAGGUGCCCGCCCUGCUGCCUCCAGCGUCUUGCCGCAGGAAUGGAGCGCCUUGGAGACUCUGGCCGAGGCCUCGCGGCAGGUUGAUCUUAACGAGAACAAUCGUGUGCCGCCCAAAGGACAAGAGGCCCCCGGCUCCGCUGAUCCUGCGUUUGUCAAUGCGAGAUUCGAGUUACAAGAACAAUUCACCCUCGACAACCCACCCGCAGGCUACGAGGAUCGUGGUAAUGCCGUAGCCAAUGGCAAACGGACUACCAACGAGGCCGAGGCCGAGGCCGAGCCUGACCAAGCAAACGCUUCUAAGAUCGACUUUAGCUUGGAUGCUCCUCAGGUCUCGCCAACCGGCGUGGAAAUGUCCGCCGAGGAGAGACUGCAGGCGCUAUUACCUGCGACCGACUCCUCGCCGGACGCCUCCAACAUUUCCGUGGCCGUUGCAGCCGCAGCUCGCCUCAACCCGUCUUUCCUCGACCCCCAAUUAGUCGACAGCGAACCCUCUUCAAGCACGCCAUCCGCCCCCGAAGCCAAUAAUAUCAUUGAUGUUACGUCGCCUGUGGCCAACGACGCGACCGCCGCCCAGCCCUGGGGUGAAAUGACGUACCUCGCGGCCACUGCGGCUGUUCCGCUCCUCGCAGAGCACCAGACACCACCUGCGCCUCUCAACCGUGGCGGCAUACGCAUGGACACAAGCGACGCUUCCAUUCUCGGUAGACCUCGCCAUUCCCGAUCGCGGUUCACUCCGGCGCGCAGGAAGGAAGUCCAGGAGGUUCGGAAAAUCGGUGCCUGCAUUCGAUGCCGAAUCCUUCGCAAGAACUGCGGCAAGGGAAAUCCCUGCGAUACUUGUAGAAAGGUCCUCGCCCCACGCGUGUGGCGGACGGGUUGUGUUCGCACACGAUUGCAUGAACAGCUUGACCUCUACUCAGCUGGAGUUCAAGUGGUGCUGUCGCAGAACCGAAUUAAUCUCCUGAAAGAGCAACUACAACUGACCAACAACGGAAGUGUCAUUGAAGUCUCUCACUUCCCUGAAGCGGAGAAGCGCAUCGUUCUCGGCACCAUGGAGACACUCCUCGAGCCAAAUGAGAGCCAGGCGGAAGCUCGAAACAGCACAGAUCCAUUCCGACAAGCAAUCAUGAUUGAUCAAGAUACGGAGGAUAUCCCUAGUAAAAUUGAGUUAUAUAUGCGCGACGUCCUGCCGCUCUUCAUCGAACGAGAGCCCUCAAAAUUCACUCGCAUCACGCUCGAGACUGCCCUGGAGCAGCAAGCCCUGGAGGAGGACGAGCUCCUGAGCAAGGCGCUAGAGCUCUGGGGUCUUGUCGAGAGCAUCGACCGCGAGCGGCAGUGGACGAUCCUGGAGCGUCCCGCCGAGCAGGACGCUGAGGCUCGCUGGAUCAGCGAGGCGCAGCACGAAAACGACGCCGACAUCUACACCAUGAUCUGCAUGCAGCUCAACGCCGCGGCGGAGCGCAAGGCCAACAGCACCUCCAAGGCGCUGCUCAACCACAUGGACCGCCUGCUGACCGACAGCAAGACCAGGGUCGGCUUCCGCAUGUUCCUGACCGCGCUCGUCUUCCUCAACUGCGUCGAGAAGUCCACCUGGGCCUUCAAGGCCUGGGAGCAGGACCAUCUGCGCGGCGGCUGGCCGCUCGAGCGCGACCCCAGCGUCUUCGCCCAGCAGGGCGGUAACCUCGCCGGCUUGCUCAAGAUGCUGCUCGCCAUCCGCAAGGCCCUCCCGCAGACCCGGCGCGACGAGAAUGGGAAGCUGGCCGCCGCCCAGAACUCGGACCCGGCGGUCACGGCCUACUUUGAAAAACUUGAUCUAGAAUGCAAGGCUUCCCCAAAGCUCCCUGUUCUUCUCGAACCCUCAAAACUUGGCAAAAUGGUCUUGUACUGA